ACGGCGAUUUGAACAGGCUGUGUGGAAGCCUCCAUGGUGGUGUGAGAGCUAACUUUGUCUUUGAUAAGUCAAUAUCAAAGGCUACAAACAAUGUCGCGCGUUCUAAUCGUGGGGGCUGGUCUGACUGGAAGUGUAUGCGCGUGCCUGCUUCGGAGAGAACUGCCAAACAAAUGUAAAAUUGUCGUCUGGGACAAAUCCCGUGGAGCAGGGGGUCGAAUGUCAACGAGUAGAAGCCCCACAGACUCUGCCUGCACGGUGGACCUCGGCGCUCAGUACAUCACAGCGACUCCAUACUAUGCUAAGAUACACCACAGUUUCUAUGAGGAGCUGCUGGCGCAGGGUAUACUACGUCCUCUGACCAGCUCCGUGGAGGGCAUGAUGUCCAGGGAAGACGGCCUGAAGAACUACGUCACACCAAAGGGAGUCUCAUCUAUAGUCAAACACUAUCUUAAAGAAUCAGCAGGAGCAGAGGUGCUGUUCGACCGCCACGUCACCCACGUCUACCGCAGAGGUGCAUCCUGGGAGGUGUGGCGCAAGGACGGCGAGCCCGAGCACUUCGACGCCGUGGUCCUCACCAUGCCCGUGCCCCAGAUCCUGCAGCUCCAGGGAGACGUGGGCUCAUUGAUGGCGAGUCCCCAGCGUGAGCAGCUGGAGGCGGUGAGCUACUCGUCGCGCUACGCCCUGGGCCUCUUCUUCGCUCCGCAAACGAACAUCGCCGCGCCGUGGGCCGCCAAGUACGUCUCCGACAGCCCCUGCAUCCGCUUCAUCGCCGUCGACGACCGCAAGCGCAACACAGAGUCGUCUGAGUACGGGCCGUCCAUGGUGGUGCACACCAGUGUGCCGUUCGGCAUCCAGCACCUGGAGGAGGAGAAGGAGCGCGUGCAGCCCCUCAUCAUGGACGAGCUGCAGCGUCUCAUGCCCGACCUGCCGCAGCCCGCCAGCAUCAAGUGCCAGAAGUGGAGGUACUCCCAGGUGACGCAGUCGGUGGCGGAUUGCCCGGGCCAGAUGACGCUGCUGGGCCAGCCGCUGCUGGUGUGCGGAGGGGACGCCUUCACCCACUCCAACUUCGACGGCUGCAUCGAGUCCGCCCUCCAGGUCUUCGGCGUGCUCAAGUCAUCCCUCUGAAUACAAUGAUAAAAAAAAGAGAAAGAAGAGAUACACGUACAGGCUCCUCUCCCCUGGAGAAUAGAUGAGAAUAGAAUUUGGAAUACUGUAUAAGGGGUUUUAUGUUGUUUCAUUUUUGGGAGGGGGUGUAGGGUUUAAGGAAAUGAUGGUGUGACUAAGAUGCCUUCUUUCAAAAAAAGAGAACUUGGAUGUAUGGAUUGAAUU